UUUGUUGUCCUGAGCUGAAUGCGAUAUUUAAUCACUAUCAUUUGAUACCCUAAUAAUCUAUGCACAAAAAAAUGAAAGGCCCUGACUGGGACUGAAGGAGCCACGCGAUUAGUCCAAGGCAUACCAAGCCAGUCUUCGCCACAGCCUUUUCGCUUCGUUGGAGGCGAAGGGAUACCAGAAGUCAGGUCGAGCAGUGGUUAAUUCCAUGCUCUGAGCCUGUACACACUAUCUCGGAAUCUUCAACACACGCACAACUACUGAUUCCUCAGUUGGGAGCGUGUUCGUGGCUUCAAAAUGGCUGCAACUCGGCUGAUAAUUGACGUUCUGCUGGCUGUGGUGUGUGUCGCCGUGUUAGCUGUCUACGCCGCUCCAAGAUCAGAUGAUCUCGACAUAAUUAGAGGAAAAAUAGAGAGAAGUGUAGAAAGACAUUCACGUGGCAGGAGGCAAGCCCCUCGCUCGAACGUUUGCUAUUGUAGAGAUGACUGCAACUGUGACUGCCCUCCAGGAACGUAUUGUAACGCGACCCUACCCGGCCGAGGCAUCGCGGGACGUCCUGGGCUCAGAGGUAUUCCCGGUAUUGCUGGGCCACCUGGAACCCGAGGUACUGAUGGUGAGUCCGGUGGUGUCGGAUACCCGGGUAACCGUGGGCAGGACGGAGGCCCUGGUGUUGCAGGCCCACCUGGUAAAGAAGGCCCUGGAGGGAUUACACUUAUUGGUGCCCCACAAGGUACCGUUUUGACCCGCGAGGAACUUGACGCGAUAAUGCAGAUCUAUAACUCAAUGCAAAGACAACUAGCUGCAGGACUUCGGCACAUUGGACGACUAGGACCCCCUGGAAGACGAGGCCCCCCUGGGCAGAACGGCGCACCGGGUCUUGAUGGGGAGAACGGGGAACAGGGACAGAAGGGAAGCAGUGGAGACCCGGGCCCACCCGGCCCACCAGGUCCACAGGGAGAUCCUGGACGCAAUGGAAAAGACGGAAGUGAGGGACCGGUCGGGCCACCAGGGAAACCUGGAAUAGACGGAGCCAAGGGAGACCGUGGCGGACAAGGGCAAUUCGGCAUGCCUGGUAUCAAAGGACCAAGGGGGAUACCAGGGCAAGGUGGCCAGAAGGGGCAGCAAGGCAUCACGGGAGAAAAGGGGACCCGUGGAACCCAGGGCGUAGCCGGAGCAGCUGGGCAAAUCGGUCUCCCAGGACUGCGCGGCCCUCAAGGCCUGGCUGGACCCGAGGGUGCCAAGGGUGCUACCGGCAACACUGGAUUAAUGGGAGCUCCGGGCGCGAAGGGAAGCUCAGGAGUACCCGGCGCGCAAGGAAUGCCGGGACCUCGAGGCUCAACGGGUGAUGCGGGCGCAGAGGGACAACCAGGCCCAGCCGGACAACGGGGUGAGGCAGGAAGACAGGGGCCUCCAGGAGCAAACGGCGAUCGCGGACAACCGGGUGCACCAGGCGCCGAGGGGGCGAUGGGAGAGAAGGGUAAUCAGGGCAGUCGAGGGCCCACUGGACGAGUCGGACCUGACGGCAAAACUGGCCCCAAAGGGCAGAACGGCAUACCUGGACGCGACGGCCGCAAGGGAGAGCGUGGCCUUAACGGAGAGAACGGCCUUAAAGGUGUUACCGGACCUAAAGGCGAUAAGGCUCCCGACGGUGCUAACGGCCAGCGCGGGGUAACAGGCCCGAGUGGUUCCCCAGGACCUGGAGGUUUACAGGGAGCUGCUGGUAUGCCUGGACCUGCGGGGCCCAAGGGUGAUCGAGGAUCACCAGGUGUCUCUGGCGCGAGCGGUGCUAAGGGAGCGAAGGGCCAUGGAGGUGGACGUGGGAAGCGAGGCCAGAGGGGAGAGACCGGAGAACAGGGUCUUCCUGGUGCUCGUGGCAAACAAGGCGCCAACGGACCUAGGGGACCUCGUGGUAUAAAGGGUGCCUCUGGCCUUCAGGGUGGACCUGGCUUACAGGGUUACCCUGGAAAUCCAGGAACGCCUGGCAGUCAAGGACCUUCCGGCCCUGGAGGGUUCAAGGGACCAAUAGGAAUCACCGGACUACAAGGCGCAAGGGGAAUAACUGGCCCCCAGGGAGAGACCGGUUCAGAUGGCGCCCAAGGUGCCCCGGGAGAAGGUGGUUUACAAGGUCCUAUCGGACUUCAAGGUCAACGGGGACCCCCGGGACCAAAGGGAUCUCGUGGCAUCGCUGGCGAGGCCGGACCAGAUGGGCCAGCGGGCGCUCAAGGGAAAGCUGGAGCGAAAGGAACAACUGGUCCAAACGGGGAGAAGGGCCCUGCUGGUUUAGAUGGCAAGAACGGAAUCAACGGCGAGGAUGGUGCCCCUGGAUCUGAUGGAGCUCAAGGAAACCCAGGACCUCAGGGUCCUACUGGCACUCGUGGUAUUCCUGGCCCACAAGGCAAGAACGGAAAAAUGGGUCCUGCCGGACCACGUGGGCCAAGCGGAAAGAACGGAGAACCCGGACCCCAGGGACCAGAAGGUGAGGCAGGCGCGAAUGGGGUCAGCGGUCCCAAGGGCGAAAUGGGCCCCGAGGGCGAAGCAGGCCAGCCCGGACCACCAGGCCCCCCCGGACCUAACGGUGUCGAUGGAAACGCCGGCAGACAGGGAGAGCCUGGGCCCAAGGGCAACGCCGGCAUGCAAGGCGCCCAAGGGCCUGCUGGUCGUAACGGCGCCAGAGGCGGACGGGGCCCUGUGGGUCAGACCGGCCAACCCGGUACACCUGGUCCCGACGGCGCUGCUGGGGAACCGGGUGCCCGUGGACCCAGAGGCAAGCUUGGACCGGCCGGUGAGAGGGGUGAGAUGGGUCCUGAUGGUCCUGCUGGCCUUGCUGGCAGUCAAGGAGAACAGGGACCUCAAGGACCUGUCGGCAUGAAGGGAGACAACGGACCCCAGGGGGGAGCGGGAGCCCCUGGACCUAGCGGUGGCCGCGGCGCUAAUGGUCUCCCUGGCCCUCGAGGCUCUCGAGGAACUAAGGGCGAGGCUGGUCCACCUGGCCCAAAUGGUCCAAAGGGCAACGUUGGGCCUGCUGGGCAAGUGGGCAACAACGGACAAGACGGCACUCCUGGCAAAGAUGGCGUACCGGGCACCAAUGGCGGCAAAGGACAGCCUGGGCCUCAGGGUCCCAAUGGAGAGGCUGGACCACCCGGACCACCAGGCACCCGUGGAGAGGCGGGAUUACCCGGCCCUCGAGGUCACCCUGGCGGAGUUGGUAAAGUUGGUCUCAGGGGCGACAGAGGCAAGGAUGGACGUGACGGUGAACCUGGAGCCUUGGGCCCGCGAGGACCAACUGGUAACAAGGGAGAACUAGGCAGAGCCGGACGAACGGGAGAUCAGGGUGUGGCCGGACGUCGUGGGGUUACUGGACAACCUGGGCUCAAGGGAGAGAAGGGUGAGAGCGGCAAUAGAGGAGCCCCUGGAAACGUUGGAGCCACCGGUGCAAUGGGCGUGGCCGGUGCUCGUGGAGAAAAGGGAACAACUGGAAGAGGUGGAAUGAAGGGAGAGACUGGAGAUCAGGGAGCUACUGGAAUCACGGGAGAGGUUGGAAAGGAGGGAGAGCAAGGCGUCAAGGGUGCUCGUGGCGGCGGAGGUGUCAAGGGAGAAAAGGGAUAUCGUGGAGAACUCGGAAAAGUUGGACCAUCUGGGCCUCAAGGAAGGAAGGGUGAUCAAGGAGAGGAAGGUGGCCGUGGCAAAAGAGGUCUCAAAGGCCCUCGGGGUUUCAAGGGUGAACCGGGUCCCCCAGGUCUACCCGGCGAGCAAGGCCCCCAGGGAAAAUUUGGUGGCUUGGGUAUCAAGGGCAGCGUCGGAGAGUUUGGCCCAAAGGGCAGACGUGGACCGAUGGGAUUGCCUGGACCCCCUGGUCCUCCUGGCCCGGCAGCCGAUAGUCUAUUUAGUGGAGCAAGCUUGGGUGGCGCAAGCCAAAAUGGAGGCAGUAAUUUGGGAGAUGGAGGUUUUGGCGGUGCUAGUCAUGGAGGUGAAAUGGCAGGCAGUCUUGGCUCCGCUGGCUCCUCUGGCUCAUCUGGGUCAUCCACAAAAGGCAACGGAAGAAGAAAGAGGUCUAUUGAGAUGGAGGCCGUCCAAUCCGAAGAACAGUAUAAGGAAGCCAUCAUAGAAGCCAGCGUACUUUUCGACAAGAUUGUCCUUCCGGAAGGAAAAAAAGACAGUCCAGCCCGCACGUGUCGUGAGUUGAUGACGCUCCGAAAGCACCUGCCUGACGGAAAGUACUGGCUUGAUCCAAACCAAGGCGUCAUUGAAGACGCCUUCCCAGCAUUCUGCAACUUCACUGCUGGAGGGCAGACGUGCAUCUUCCCCGUCAAAAAAUCGGGUAAAUGGGCGAAGACGUCCAGUGGAAAAGAACUAUUCUCUGCCAUAGAAACUGGAUUCAAGUUUGUUUACGAAGCGAAUCCUGUCCAAUUGAAAUUCUUAAGAAUUCUCAGCCGAUCAGCUUCACAAAUCUUCACACAUGAUUGUCCACAAACCAAACCGUCUCUUCAUCUUUUUGGCACAAACUAUAAGGAGUUCCCUAGUGAUCACAAAGAGUGCCAGGUUGGAUACCGCAACACACACACAGCAGAUAAACUGGAGUUACUCCCAAUCAAAGACUUCUCAAUGUCCAAGACGCACAAAGAACUUCAGUUUGAUGUCGGACCUGUUUGCUUUUAUUAGAGAAGUAGCCCUGUUUACUAAAGCCGUAUAGAUAUUUUAAUCCUAGAUAUUAUGUACCAUAUUAAAAUGCCGACUAAAUUGAAUUCCGCUGUGUAGAGGGAGUUUCUCGUGACCAUGGAACAGUCUACACCUGCGAACAUUGCGGUGGUAGUUUGUCUUGUGAAUGUAAACUAUUCGUAUUAUAAUAAAGAGCCUGUCCGUAGCAUUUCAUUGCUUAA